AUGAAAACUUCAUACUGUUGGCGUAAUUAGAAAGUAUAGGCCUUACCCUUAACGAAUCCUUAGAACAAAUCCAAAUUCGAAAAUAGAUUGGCCAAAACUAAAAAGUAACUAAGCCUUCAUGAAUAAGAGAAUUGGAAUGAUGAACACAUUAUUAAAUAUCGUAAUCACUUAAAGGAUGUGAGAGAAUUAAGAUAAAAAUGGCAUAUCAUUGAGAGACCAAUGAAUUUUUCAGUCUCAGAAAAGGCUAAAUCUGAAAUCCUAGACAUUGAAUAAUCAGUAAUCAUCUAUUAUAAAAAUAUAAUUAGAUACAACAUGUAUCCCUUGAAAAACCUAAAAAGAAAACAACUAUUCGUCCAUUCAGUUCUUAAUAGUAAAAACUACUAUCCUAAAUUUCACAAAUAUACUCAUUUUAAUCAUGCGCCAAUCGUUAAAAUAAAAUGAAACUCUUUUUAUAAUCUGAUGACAAUUAUGCCAAUCGUUCAUUCAGAUAUUACAAGAAUUUUACAAAUUAUCUUAACUCAAUCAAAUGA